CUCGUGCAUCCGUUGCGUCGGUUUUACUCAAGAAGCUAUUAAUGAAAGCGGUAAAAUGAGUGACAGAAAAUUCCUUAAAAUAAUGAUAGAAUCUAGUAGAUUUUCAACGUGAUCUUUAAAUUGUGCUUUGUCUUAAAUUUGUUUAAAUAGUUUUGCAUCCGUAUCCACUAUGUUAACGGGAAUAUUUAAAGGAACGCUUUUAUGUUGCGAUGACGAAAAUUCUACUUGGAAUAGUAUAAUUAACGCGGACAGACAUCCUCUCAAUGAGACUACGUCUGUAUUACGUGUCCUUUAUAGGAUAGUAAUUCCUACGAUCGUAAUUAGCGGCAUUUUUGGUAAUGUUUUAAUAUUCCUGGUGUUAUCUACUCCGGUGUUUCGAGGAAUUUCGUACCUAUAUCUCCGAGGACUAACUUUAGCAAACGCCGGGGUUCUUCUAUCUUGGAUACCUGUAUUUAUUAGAUUAGGAUAUGGAACGAGGAACAAUUACCCGUCUGUUUUUUACCAUGCUCAUUUAGAACUGGUUGCUGUAAACACGUUCGCUAUAGCCAGCAUUUCAAUUAUGACUUGCUUAAUAGUCGAUCGAUAUAUCUUCAUUUUUUUCCCGGUUCGCAUCCGCAGCAGAAACGCACGCAAAAAUAUUCGCUCUUUUAUCCUGUGCUCUUUUAUUCUCGGAUUCGCGGUAAGCGCUCCACUAACAGGAAUGAGAACAGUAUAUGAACAGCAAGAAGAUACCGGAACUCUCUUCACACUACGUGAAAACACCUCUAUCACCCGAAGUGCUUUAUGGAACGCAUACAUUUGGAUCAUGGAAGUCGUGUUACGACUCUGCCCAACUAUAAUUCUUCUUUUACUGAAUAGCUUUGUGGUCAAAAGAUUUUUGCAGCUCAAUGCUAGGAAGAGAGAAUUUCAGUCGGUUUCGGAGAAGUUUCGUACUGCAAAUGUCCCUGAAACUUCUUUAUUGAACCGUAAUCGAGGAUACAGAGAAGAACAACAUUUAACUACAUUAAUGUCGAUGAUGGCAAUAUGUUUUAUAGUAACAAUGAUCCCAUCGAUAUUGCUUGAAUUUGUAUAUUAUGAUUAUAAGAGUACAGAUGGUGCUUACCUCUUAUUUCGAGCAUUUGCUGCUGUCACGGAGCUUUGUAAUUUUGCUAUCCAUAUUAUCAUAUACUUUAUAUGCAGCAGAGAAUUUCGGAAAGAAUUCUUCAAACUUCUUCAGAAUAGAUGUAGGAAAAGUACAGUGGAAGAAGAUCUUGAACGACCAGUAGGUGAAAUCGAAGAUUAUAGUCGACAUGGGACAACAGUUCGAUUAACACCAGAACAGACAAAGUUAAAUUCUCCAGCUUCUGCGAGUAAAUUGAAUCCUAUGGAAGAAGAUAAAGAAUCAGAAGUAUUAAAUGCCUCUGAUAUUGUUUAAAGAUUAUACUAUAAAUAAAACACUUUACAUGUAAUAAGAUAUAUUAAUUUAUUUACAUAUAUAAUAAAAUAUUUAUUUUAUUCUGUCAUGCAGAAGUUAUGUAUAAUAAAAUUUAACUUUUUAUGUAUAUAAUUUCAUUUAGAUAAUAAAAACUUGUUUGUAAAAAUA